ACUAGUAUUCCUGUGAUCAUCAGUUAGAGCUCAUGAGAUAUUUAUUAUUUCACAGUAGAGCGGGAUCUGUAUUUGGUUGAGCUCAGAAUGCUGAUAAGAAGACUCAUAUUUAGUCAAUCUUCCCAAUUAAUGCUCUUUCCAGCAGUGUUGUCUGUUACACUAUUUUGUGCUAAUCAGAUACGGGCUUGAAUCAUUUGUCUCGACUAGUUAGAGCUCGUGAGAUAUUUAUUAUUUCACAGUAAAGCGGGGCUGUGUUUGACUUGAGUUCAUGGACUUGAGAAUGAUUCAGAUGAUAGCAAAUCAUCCACGAGUUUAUAAUAAGCAAGACAUAGCCAUCUUGUUUUUCUAUUAUUUUUUCCUCUAUGAUUUUAUGAACUUCUACAAUUGUUUACCGUGAAAAAUUGUCUAUAUCUAGUGGUUUCUAAGACAGUAAUAAACGAACGAAACUUGAUAAAGUUUCGAAGAAUCACAUCUAAGUUUUAACGUGUGUGCUAAGUUGGCUGUAAACCAAUUGGUGAUAACUUCACGUAGUCAAUUUUCGUUGGUAGUCAGCUUUGAUGAAUCUUGAUAAGUGGUAAUCUAUUACACUAAUAGAUGGACAACAUAUUUUUUAAAUUUAUAUUGAUUCCUGCAGUUGCCAGUGCUCUCAUGUUUUAUUUGACUUUGUUAGUUUGUUCAUCGUGACUUUGCUUCCAUAUGAAUAAAAAAGAUACAGUGGUAUCUUCCACCUGUUUCCAACAUAACGCAGUGCGCAGUAUAAAAAAGAUUUUGUACAGAAGGGGAAAACAGCUAUCUUGUUUAUUUAGCUGCUUUGUCGUAACAAGUUUUGUUCUAGAUUACGUCUGUCUGCCUUUGUCUUCGUUAUUUUCAUGUGUUGGACUUCAGGUUUAUAUCGUCGUUCUCUAAUAGCAUUAAUCGUUACAGUAAAUAUCCCGUUCUAAUCUCUUGUAGACUUAUACUAAUAAAAAUUUUGUUUUACUAUCUAGCUCUGCUGCUCCGUAUGGCGAGUGUACAGUGGCGCAGUACAAAUUACGAGUGCAAAUGUCGACAGUAUUCUGUGUAAGAGAUAUUUCUUGUUUUUUAUAGUAAAUGUAGAGGUAUCCGUUGAAAUUAUUCUCUGAACCUUUCAGAAAAGUUUUAGCAGCCCAUAACGUUCAAUUAUUUUACAUAAUGAUUUUGAGUAAAACUGCUGGAGACAGAAUUAACUUUUGUUUUCUAUGUUUAAAUCGAAAGAACAUCUCAUUUUUACUAAUGAACAUGUAGUGGGAUGAGAAACAAGUUUUAUUUGCUAGACAGUUCGGUGAUCCAGUUUCCGCACUUUGUAACUUACGAUCUUCUAGGAACUGCAGUUAUUAUAGUUUAUUUUUUUAAUUUGAUUUAGCCAGUAAUCAAGUUGUUUUUCUUAAUUUCUACGCGAAUUGGUGCCGAUUUAGUCAAAUGCUAAAUCCUAUUUAUGAUGAUUUCGCUGAUAAAGUUGCUAAAGAAUUUCCACAACCUGGACUUGUUGUUAUUGGAAAAGUUGACUGUGAUUCAGAAAAUGCUAUUGCUACAAAAUAUCAUGUAAAUAAAUAUCCAACAUUGAAAAUGUAUAGACAUGGUGUGAUGACAAAAAAAGAAUAUAGAGGAGCAAGACAGGUCGAUCCACUAUUUGAAUUUAUUAAGAAACAAGUUGACUCGUCUAUCAUUAAACUUCACACAAAAGACGAUCUCCAUAACCUUGUUAUUAAUAAACGUUAUAUUAUUGGACAUUAUGAGAAUGAACAGAGUGAAAAUUAUCAGAUAUUCGCAAAAGUAGCCAGUUUACUAAGAGAUGAAUGUAAUUUUGCUGCGUCAACAGGAAGUGAUGAUUAUAAAGACGAAAGACCGUCUGGGGAUGCUAUCUAUUAUCGACCUCCACAGACAUUAACUCAAAAAGAUGUAUUUUAUAUGGGUCCAAUUAAUAGUCAUGAAGCAUUGUAUGCAUGGGCAAAUGAGAAAUGUGUACCUUUAGUGAGAGAAAUUACAUUUGAGAAUGCUGAAGAAUUAACCGAUGAAGGACUACCAUUUUUGAUAUUAUUUCAUGAUCAAAAUGAUCAUCAAACUGUUGCUGAUUUCGAACAUGAAGUGGCUAAACAACUGAUGCAUCACAGAGCUACAAUCAAUUGUCUACAUGCUGAUGGACAAAAAUUUGUACAUCCAAUCCAACAUUUGGGAAAAUCAACAGCCGAUUUGCCAUUGUUAACAAUCGAUAGUUUUAGACACAUGUUUUUAUUUCCAAAUAUCAAAGAUUUAGCUACACCCGGUAAACUAUUAGAAUUUGUUCAAAAUCUCCAUAGUGGUAAAUUACAUCAAGAUUUUCAUAAUCCACCACCACCAACCAAAGAACCAGAGACAACUAUAUCCUCAGCAAAUGUAGAAAAACACGUUGAAGCAGAGGGUGGUGAUACUCCACAUUUACCGAAAUCACCAGAUCUAUUAAAAGUCUCAUCAUCUUCAUCUGAUGCUCACCAAUUCAUUCAACAACAAAAGACGAGCCCACCAGAAAGUGUUUUCGUUCAUUUGGGACCUAGUUGCAAGCAAAUUUCUUUACUGGGUUAUCCGGGAGUUGGGAAAUCAACACUUGUUGGACAAUUUGUUUAUAAAACAUUUUUUAAAGAAUAUUAUCCAAAUGUUGAAAGUCAAUAUGAUUUGUUGGUUGUUGAUAAUGCUGGCGCUGAUCCUUACACAAUAAAUCAUAGUGAAUUUCAUAAUAGUGAUUCAUAUAUAAUUGUCUAUUCUAUUGAUGAUAAAGCAAGUUUUGAUAUGGUACCAAUAAUAAGAGAGAAAAUCAUUAGCAAUAGUACUAGUUCAAGAGUACCGCUUGUUAUUGUUGGGAAUAAAACUGAUCGUACUAUUUGUCGUGUUAUAACGGCGGAACAAGGUCUAAAAUUAGCGACAGGCUUUGGUGUCGAAUUUAUUGAAACAUCAGCUAAAGAUAAAGCUGGUGUUGAUGAUAUCUUUGUCAAAUGUAUUCAUGCAAUGAAUCAAGAUAUGAAUGAUGAUAAUGAUUCGAAUAAUAAUAAUAAUACUUCUACUUCUGCAACAAUUUUAUCAACAAGAACGACAAAUGUGAAAAAUUCAAGAACAACUUGUACUUUAUCAUAA